AUUGUUUUUCCUUAGAAAUGGACCAGAGAAGCAGCGAGGUUGCUGUGGAUGAUCACCCAGCUUUACCCUUUCGAAACGAAACAGGCAGCAGCGAGAAAUUAGACACGAGAAGACAGCAGAGCAAGGAAGGGGGCAUUCCUUGCGAGGUAAAGUGCGAAGAAGAAUCCGACCAUCCUCCAGCACAGCGUGUAACAGAGCACACGGACGGGCUUGCGAUGAAAGGUACUGCGGAUAAACCUUUUGCGUGUACGGAAUGUGACUAUAGGGCAACCACAAGUACUAAGCUAUCCAUACACACUCGGAGGCAUACUGGAGAGAAACCCUAUAAAUGUGACCAGUGCGACUAUUCUGCUGCACAUAAACAUUCUCUAGACAUUCAUCUUGCCAAUCACGCCGGAAACAAACCAUUUAUGUGUGGACAGUGCGGAUACUCCACUAAUAACAGGUCCCGCCUAGCCGAGCAUAUAAGAUCACAUACAGGUGUGAAGCCUUAUAAAUGUGAUUAUUGCGACUAUUCUACCGCACAAAAGUCUCACCUAACCGAGCAUAUGCGGAGACACACUGGCGAGAAACCCUACAAGUGUGACCAGUGCGAUUAUUCUGGUGCAUCAAAAAGCAACCUGGAUCAACACAUGGCUAAACACGCCGAAGACAAACGGUACAUGUGUGGUGAGUGCGGAUUCAGGACGACUGCCAAGUCUUCCUUAAAGGUACAUAUGAGAAGACAUACAGGUAUGAAACCUUAUAAGUGUGACCAGUGCGACUAUUCUGCUGCACAGAAAAGCAAUUUAGACCGACACAAAGCUAAACACACCGGAGAAAAACCCUACAAGUGUGACCGAUGCGACUAUUCUGCUGCACAUAAAACCGCUUUAGACCGACACAAGGCUAGACACACCGGAGAAAAACCCUACGUGUGUGUAGAGUGCGGAUUCAAGACGGCUAACAGAUCUUACCUAACCGUACAUAUGAGAAAACAUACAGAAAUGGACGAGAGAAGCGAUGAUAUUGCUAUGGACGAACAGCCAACUGUGCAAACUGGGAACGAGACACACAUCAACCAGAAUUUGGACACUGAAAGGCAGCAGGACAAAGAAGGGGAGGACUUUCGUCAUAUCCCAUGGCCGAUCAACAAAAACACAAAAAAACGUGGACGAGAAGAAUCUUCUUCUCAUCCUUCCGCACAGGAUCGAAAAGAGCAGAUCGACAGGGUGAAGGUGAAACGUACCGAGGACCAUCACUUCGAGUGUACGGAAUGUGACUUCACGACAGCCAAAAAGGAUAAAUUCGUGAGACACACGCGGAGACAUACCGGCGAGAAACCCUUUAAGUGUGACAGGUGCGACUAUUCUGCUGCAGAAAAAAGUACUUUUAAAUAUCACAUGGCUCAACACACAGGCGAAAAACCGUACAAGUGUGGAGAGUGCGAAUACAGGACUGCUAUGAAGUCUCACCUAACGGAACACAUGAGAAGACACACGGGCGAGAAACCCUACAAGUGUGACCAGUGCGAUUAUUCUGGAGCAUCAAAAAGCAACCUGGGUCAGCACAUGGCUAAACACGCCGAAGACAAACGGUACGUGUGUGGAGAGUGCGAAUUUAGGACGGCCGCCAAGUCUUCGUUAAAAGUACAUAUGAGAACGCACACAAAACCCUACAUGUGUGGUGAGUGCGGAUACCGUGCGGCUUUAUGGUCCAGCCUCUCGCAACAUAUGUUAAUGCAUACUGGUGAGAAACUGUAUAAGUGUGACCAGUGUGACUAUUCUGCUUUAUGGAAAGGCAAUGUAGACCAGCACAUGGCUACAGCACAUGGCAAAACCCAACAUGUAGAGAGUACACAACCGCCCGCAUGUCUCAACUAAUUGAUCACAUUAGAAUCCAUACAAGCGUGGAACCCUAUAAUUGUAAUAAGUGCGGAUACUAAACGGCAUUAGAGGACGUUCUAGACCGACACAUGGCUAAACAUACCAGAGAGAAGCCCUACAUGUGUGGAGAGUGCGGAUACAAAACUUCGUACAGGUCAUAUCAAAACAUAUGAGGACACAUACAAAUGUGACUAUUCUGCUUUAUGAAAAGGCAAUUUAGACCGACACAUGACUACACACACCGAAGACAAGCCCUAGAUGUGUUGUGAGUGCAGAUGCAGGACUGCUCAAAGGUUGUACCCAUCCCAACACACUAAGUACUAGUAUGUGGAGAGAUACUGGCAAGAA